GACUGCUGCCUUCGAGCUCCUCAAUCAUCAGCAUAUUCCCACCACUGUUGUCAUCAAUGAGGCCAACUCCCUCGCCAAGGAGUUCUGUCCUCGCUCCCAAACUCUAGUACAUGCUAGUGUUAAUAGGAUGAUCGAAACACAGUACAGUGUUGGUCAUCAACUACGCGAGGCUAUGGUGGCAGGUGAUAUGAGGAACAGCUCCAAGCCAUCGUCGUCGCCAACAGAAACGCCCGGCAGCAGCACGACUAAUCCUGUUACUGCCCAACAGCUGAAUAACAUGGACCCAGCGACUCAGCUGGCUCUACUACUCAUCGAGAAGGAACGUAAAAAGAAGGAACGCAGGGAUCGCAAGAGGAAACACCGCAGAAGGCAUCACCGUAACAGAUCUCGGUCGAGGUCUAGCCGGUCCCGCAGUAGUAGCACCAGCAGUGACUCCAGAGGGAGGUCUCCAUCACGGCCUACCAAUUUCGCCAAUAUGGUGCCUCCAACACACCCGGACUACCGCCCAGCCAGGAUUGAAUAUCAGCCCAUCGAUCCAUCACAGCACGUCCUCCCACCGACAGCAUCACCCUCCCCUCUGUCAUCCUCGGGCACUUCGAGCGUGUUAAGCGGUGGUGGUGGUAUUGUGAACCCUCCACAUAGAGGCGCUGAUGCUCCUGAGGAGAUCGUUGAUCCCAGCGACUUUGUCAAGGCUGGCCAGCGGGCUGCUGCUAUGCUUAUGACCCAAGGUAUGGGUGCGCGACCGAAGCCGAUCGUGUCCGGUCCUAUCAAGACUAUACCUCAGCGUAGGGUGGAGCUAUGUAAUGCGGAGUGCCAAACGACAGCACGACCAGAUCUUGAUAAAGAUGCUGUUAUCUGGCGACUACGACCUAGAAGUGUCGCUUGA